GUGGAUCAGGCGAUCGCCUUCGAGCGCGACAUCGCUCCGGCGGCCAUCAUAUUGUACUUCCAGUGCUCGGACGACGUGAUGGUGAAGCGGCUGCUGUCCAGAGGUAAGACCAGCGGCCGAGUGGACGACAACGAGGCCACUAUAAAGCAACGGUUGGCCACAUUUCACGAGAACACUCAACCCAUUCUCGAUCAGUACCCGAAGAAAGUGGUCACAAUCAGCGCCGAAAGAGAUCCCGAUGUCAUCUACAAAGAUGUCCAGAAAGCGCUCGAUUCGCUCCCGAAGGCCAAUUCCCACGGCUUUAACGACGGAUUACAAGACAAUCAAAUGACAAGACAAUUGUGUCCCAAAGAAGACUCGGACGACGAGAUCAUAUUAUACGAGAAUGGAGUACAGAAUUCACUCCCAAUUAGUGACAAUAUAGCGAUUCCGGACGACAAGAAUCGGCCAAAAUAUGUUGACGACAUCAAAAUAGUGGAUAAUUCUGGAAAAGUGCCAAAAGCUAUAAAAGGCAUUUGUCUGACAAUAAUAUCGGCCCUAUUUUUCUCGAUCACAACCGUUAUUGUCAAGUAUGUGAAAGACGUGGAUCCGUCCGAAAUGGCAUUCUUCCGAUUCUUAGGAAUAUUACUCUUCACUCUACCGGUGGUAAUGGAGGUGAAGGGCAGUCCAUUCGGGCCGUCAAAGGCACGGCUAUGGCUUGUGCUGCGAGGAGUGGCCGGCGCGACGAGUCUGUACUUCCGGUACAACGCUCUGCACUACAUGUCUAUAGCGAACGCCACAGUAAUCGUGCUCUCAAUGCCGGUCUUUGUAUUCAUUUUUGCCAAAAUAUUUCUCAAAGAGUCGUUUGAGUCGUUUGGUUUGUUUCACAUCUUCGCCCUCUUUGUGACACUAAUUGGCAUCACUUUUGCGUCAAAAGUCGACUUAAGCUUCACUCACACUGACGUACGGCUGUUGGACAGUAACCGUCUGGACAAUCACCGGCAGCUAAUCGGUGUCGCCUUUAGUAUAGGCGCCACUAUUGUCGGCUCUUCGGUCUAUGUGUUGGUCCGAAAGCUUAGAAGUCUUCACCACUCGGUAAUACUGUUCAACUUCUCGCUGGUGGCCAUAACCGAGACAUCUGUGAUCACGUUGUUUUUAAAUGACUUCAAACUGCCCACUAAUAUACCGGCCAUUAGUGCCAACGCGUGGCUCAUGUGUUUGGUCGCCAUCUUCUCAUUUUAUGGCCAAUUAUUGCUUACGAAAGCACUUCAGGCCGAAGAAGCGGGUCUCGUGUCCAUAAUCAGAGCCAGUUCUGAGUUAAUUUAUUCGUUCGUUUUUCAAAUAACAAUAUUCAAAGAAAUACCGGACAAGUGGUCAGUGUUUGGGGCCCUUUUGGUCAUGUCGUCGGUACUGAUGACAACCGCCAGGAAAUGGAUUAUAACUCUUCCCAAAGAUUCAAAAAUCAAGAAA